GUCGGAGACUCGCGCAGAAACUGUACAAACAAAGUGGCUGAUGAGCAUUACUGGAACCAUGGCACAGAAGACCAGAUAAGAGGCUCAGCAGCAGUUCAUUUCAGAAGUCGUCAGUUUGUCGUCUCGAAAUUGUGUGAAACCACCCUCGAGAUGCCUCCGUACGGGGAACACACCCGACAGCAGGGCUACAAGCGCAUUGCCGCCGACGAAACAAGAGCAUCUCGGUCACGGCGUUCGAGGUCACGUUCGCGGUCACGUUCACCGCGGAGAAAGAUUGUGGCUUUCAAGGCGAACAAGCAGGAAGAAGAUCCACUCCGAAAAAGCUUGAAAGCAGACUGGAGCUUUCUCCAUGAAGGUGUUCUGUUUGGACGCGACGAGGAGAUAGUCGUCCUCCAGGAGGCUUUUAAGCGUCGAAUCGAUCGAGCUGCCGGUGACCAACCUGAGCUUAUCUUAGUGCAAGGAGACUUUGGAACGGGAAAGAGCGCGUUAGUCAAAACAGCAUUGCGGGAUUAUGUCAAGCGACACAAUGGUUAUUUCGCCCUUGGCAAAUUUGAUCAAUAUGCUACAACCGCUCAUCCCUGCGGUCCCAUCACAAACGCCUUGAACCAGCUAGCAAUGGCACUCGAAGAGAAGCAAAAGAAGGACACGUACAAUCCGCUGCCACCUUCUAAAAGGAUACUGGACGAGGUGGGUUUGGAAUAUUGCCAAGUUCUUGCCUCGAUGGCUCCUGGAUUGGCCCGAUUUUGGGGACUUCAUUCAAACGACAAGGGGGCGGGUUCUGUUCAGCAGCUUUGCCAGGAUCGGGUAAAGGUCGCACUUUCCAAGUUCUUCAGAGCCAUUAAGCAACCUGUUGUUUUAGUCAUGGAUGAUCUACAGUUCGCGGGCACCAGGGCGCUGAGUCUGCUGGAAACAUUGAUUGAAACCAACACCAGAAUUGCUGAUGAUAUUGCUUGCUUAACCGUCGUCGGCGUGUAUCAGUCAAACGGUGCACCACAAGACCAUCCGUGUACCAUUAUGCUGGAUCGAUUGGAAGAUGAAAAGAACACCAACAUUCUUCGUAUCCUUGUUGAGAACUUGAGUAUAUCAGAUACCGAUGCAUUGCUCUCGCGGGUGCUACGUCAGCGAAAGGAACUUUGUCUCCCUCUGGCGGAAAUCGUUCAUGAGAAGAGUCGACGGGGAAACGUUGACUUUGUUUUACGCUAUCUGAAAGAACUGCUUGAGUCAGGUGUUCUAGUGGCAGAAAGGCGGGCAUCGUCGGGAAGCUAUAACAAACGAUAUCAUGAUUUGAAUUGGAUGUGGGAAGACGACAAGUGGUAUGAACUCGAGGUACGACAACGUCUAAAUGUCGAAGAUAUGGCCUCUCAGCAGAUUCAGCGGCUCCCUGGGACCUUUCAAGGUCUCCUCAAGAAAAUGGCAUGUAUCGGAGCGGAAGUUGAUCUUGAGGUUCUUGUAGUGGCGCUACGCGGUGGUUUCUCCGAGAAGCGCGGGGACGGGGACAAUUUCGGCGGCUAUGAUCAUGACAGAGUGAAGGUUAUGCUUGCGCUGGCCAUCCAGGAGGAUUUGAUUUUGGAGCAGCUGCCGGAUCGACCCGGAAGGUACGCCUUUCGGCACGAUCGUGUGCAACAAGCUGCGUACAAUCUGAUCCCAGAAGAUGAACGAAUCAAAGAGCAUUGGCAAAUUGGACGGGCGCUCCUUGACCGAUUAAGCCCAGAAACACUGGAUCAAAAUCUGUUCCUUGCAGUGAAUCAACUGAUCCCAGGAAUUGAGCUCUUAGCCGACGAUAUUGACAAACAGGGCAUGCCGCGGCUGUUUACGAGGGCUGGUAAGAAAGCCAACAAGCUAGCGGACUUUGAAGCUGCUCGCACCUAUCUUGAUGUAGCUUCACAGCUGCUUUCGUCCCGACAUUGGCAAGAUCAGUAUCGUCUCAGUCUGGAGUUGUAUUGCUCCCGAGCCGAAGCAGAAUGCUGUGCCGAAGACUAUGAGGCCAUGAAUGCGACAAUUACGGAAAUCCUCGGCAAGUGCCAAUCGUCGCCCAGCGACCAGAUGAGGGCAAAUUUGAUCCCUCUCCUCAAACUAGACAAGAAGAGCUACAAUUCACAUGAAGCCAUGGAUCUGUGUUUCCAGCUGCUCGGAACGCUCGGGGAAAAGUUCCCCACCAGAACGAGAUUGGUCUUUGGUGUCUCUGAGCAGCUGAAGGUCAAAUGGCAGUUGCGUUCGAUGUCUGACGAAGACAUCUGUAACCUGCCAUUGCUUGAUGUAUAUGAUGCAGAGAAGACUGCCACGGUGUCCAUCCUAUGGCACCUACUUCGGUACAGCUGCUUUGAGGCAUCGGACUACUUCCCAGCCGUGAUCCUUCGUGGGGUCAAGUUGACACUCAAGUAUGGAGUUUCUGAGCUGUCGUGCGCCUCGCUGGCCGCGUAUGGCCUUGUCCUCUGUUCCCUCGGUGACUAUGAUGACGGAUACCGUUAUGCCAAGCUGGGAAUGAAGCUGAUGAAACGAUUUCCUCGUUGCCGAGCUCAAAUCAUGCCCAAGGUCUGCUGCUACUCCUAUGGUAUGGUCUACCCUUGGAAGCUUCCUGUUGGACCAACUACUUCAUCUCUACGGACAGCCAUCGAUACAGCAUUGGAUACUGGAGACCUUGAGACGGCAAUGGUGGCGUCCUACACAAGCCUUACCAACAGUUUUGUCGCGGGGGAGAGACUUCCUGCAUAUGAUCGCCGGAUAUCUCAAUGCGAAAAGAUCAUGACUGUCCAAGGCCCAUGGCUUUCUUUGACCAAGUUGGAGAAGCAACACGUGGACCAUCUUAUGGGAAGGUCUGAGAGCCCGUUUCCGGCGUUGUCGUCGAUUGAUGGCUCAAAAGACGCCAUGAAUGAUUGGGAGUAUUACCAAUUCUCGUCGUCUGCCAUCCAAAUGCAGUUGGCCUAUCAUUUCGGAGACAUUGACAAGGCGUUGGCAAGCGCCAACAGCGCGCGCAAAGUCAAGGGGGUAGUCAAAGCGUCUAUCUAUAUCACCAUUCUCCAUGUUUACGACGGUCUAACAGCGCUGGAAGCGGCUCGUCGUUUGAAGGGCAAUCGACGACAACGGCUAGUGUCAUCGGCACGUCGCAGCCUGAAGCAGCUCAAGAUUCUUGCUGAAGUUUGCCCCGAAAAUAUUAUGCACAAGCUACAUCUUCUGAAUGGAGAACUCGAGGCAUUCAACGGGAAACUUAAUGAAGCAGUUGCAUCUUUCAAGCUGGCCAUUGACAAUGCGGCUGAUCGGGGAAUCUGGCAGUUUCUUGCACUUGCCCACGAACGUGCUUCCAUGGCUUAUCAUCGAGUUGGCAGGACUACGGAGCACAGCCGCAAGGCAAAGAAUCAUCUCAACAACGCUAUCGAGGCCUACUCAGAAUGGGGUGCAUGCAGUUACGUGGAACACCUCAUGCAGAGGAAGAGCGACAUUCUAGAGGUGUGGUGACAAUGGGAUCUGCUAAAAACUAUUAUUAAUGUGUAAGCAGAAAAGCUAAAGUAAAUUUACUAAUGUGCCGAGAAAGAUCAACCGUAGCCAAUGGGCAAUGCAUAUAUGAUAUUCCAUUAAGCCUUAUUCUCUGGUCCGCUUCAGG